GGGAUUUCAAUUGCUAGCAACCUGCUUGAAACAUUGAAUGAUUGAGCUACUGCUCCAAAGUCCAAACUCUAAAGCAACGUCCGAUGUAAUUAACGAAUACAUGCCUUUGUAAUUAGCCUUUGGUUGGAAGUUAUCCAGGCGGUGCGAGAGCGGGCUGGCGCGCGAGGAGUCUGUCGGCGAACAUAGGAUGCCGAGGACGGGCACAAGGGCUGUCGAACAAGACGCCGAUGGCGUCUACCACGUUCCUCACCUCCCACCGCACCUGGUGCCCAGACCUGAGGAGAUGGAGCGCAUCAAGCGGUCCAUAGGCUGGGGCGAUCCCAACAGCAAGGCCGGCGACAUCCUCAGCGGCUUCAUGACCUCGCUGGGCUUCCCGGUGCAGCUGCCGCCCGACCUGUCGCUAAUCAAGAUCCCCACCGAGGGGCCGGAGCCCGGGGCGUACCUGACACGCUUCCCGCACCUGCACACGGUGGCGGCCACGGCCACGGCGGCAGGCCCAGCGGGAGCAGCCGGGGGCGCCGCGGCCGACAGGGCCGACAGGGCUGGCGGCGGCACUGGCGCUGGAUCCAGUGCUGCUGCGGGCCCCUCGGCGGCAGCGGCGAGCGCUAUGACCCACGUCAGAUUGGUCGAGGACGAUGAGGACGAGGAUGAGUAUGACGAGGACGAGGAUUACACUGAGGAUGAGGACUAUGACGAGGACGACGACGACGACGGCGGCGGCGGCUAUGAGUAUUGCAGCGGGCCGUGCAACUGCGUGAACUGCCGCAUGCACCGGUUGGCGGCGCAGCGGGAGCAGGAGGAGAAGGCCCGCCGGCUGGCGAACCUGAUGGUGCGGAAGGAGAUCCGGAGGAUGACGGUGGAGGCGCGGGCGGCACUGCAGCAGAAGGCGGCGUCCGCGGAGGCGGUGGCGGCGGCCGAGGCGGCGGCGGCAGCCCUGCUGGCGGAGGAGGAGGCCGAGGCGGCUGCGAAGGCGGCUCGGAAGCGGGAGGUCGAGGCGGCGCGGGCUCGGCGGGAGGCGGAGCGCCAGGCUGCGGCUCGGCAGCGGCAGCUGGCGCAGAGAGCGGGUCAGCAGCAAUGGGAGGACCGGAUGAGGGAGGCCGAGCGGCAAAAGGAGGCGAGGGAGGUCCGGCAGCGGGAGGACCAGGCGAGGCGGUCUGUGGUGGAGGUGCUUGACGACAGCGAAGACCCGGGCUCGGAGCUGGAGGCGCAUGUGCGGGAGCUCGCGUCGCGGGCGGCGGCAGAGCGCGCGGCUGUCAGGGGCGAGCAACGCGGCGCCAAGCCGCACAGGGCCGCGCUGCAGCUGUAUGCGACAGGGCCGGGCAGGGAGGCGGACGCGGGAGGCGCAAGCGAGGGGGGCAAGGAAGCUGGGCAAGGUGCUUCACGGUCGGAGGUUGAGGACGGGAGGUCUGGACAAAACGGCAGUGACGGGGACGGCGGUGCAUUGGACGGCGACGGCGAGGAGGACGACAUGGCAAUGCUAAUGCGUCUAGCGGCUAUUGGCGGCACGCUGCCGGCGGCUGCGGGGGGCGGCAAGAAGAAGAAGAAGCAGAAGGGCGGCCGCGGCGGUGGACAGGCCCAUCAGCCAACCACAGCGGCAGCAGCGGCGGCGGCAGGCACCAUGUACACAGGCGUGCACAUGUCCAAUGCGGACGCGCUGGGGGCGGCCGCCGCGGCCGCGCUGCCAGUGCCGCAGCCGCAGGCGGAUGUGCCCUCUGGCGGACAGGUUUUGGAAAAGCCGGGAAGCGUGGUUGCUGAUGAGGCAGCAGCAGCAACUGGAGAAGCUGCUGUCGCAUACGAGUCCGGGUCUGACGCGGCCGGUGCGGCGUCUGCCUCCACCGGCACGGCUGCUGACGGUGACUCCCGCAUGUCGCUACUGGCACGGCUGCGGGCUCGGGCAGCCGGGGUCGGUGCCGGCGAGGCGGCGGCGGCGGCGGUGGCGGCGGCGGCGGGUGCGCCGGGCGCCUACCAGCCGCCCCCUGGCCGGGCGCGGCCGUACCAGGCACCCGCGCCGCUACCCGCAACCGUGCAGCAACGGCAACCGCCGCAGCCCCAGUUCAUUCAGCCACUGCCGCCGCAGCCACCGCCUCAGAUGCUCCGGCCCGCUGGAGGCUUCGCUCCGGCUGCAGGUCCUCCUCCGCCUCCAUCACCGCCGCCGCCGCCGCCUCUCAGGAUUCAGCAGGCCGCGGCCGCCCGCGGCCUGGUGCCCGCUGGCCCGGUCGCUGCCGCUGCUGCUCCCAGCGCCGCCGGCGCGACCACAGCACCCGGGGCGCUGGCUGCUGCAGCAGCUGCGGCGGCGGUGCCUGCGGGACCGGCGGGAUCACAGCCGCCGCACCCGGGCCAGCUGCCGCUGCCCGCGCACCUGAUGGCGGCGCGCCCGCACCAGCAGCCCGCUGUGGCGGGGCCGGGGCCGGGCAUGGGGGCUGCGGCGCGGCCCUUCACGCCCGCGCACUUCCAAGCCUACCUGCUGCAGCAGCGGCAACAACAGGUUCAGGUGCAGCAGGUUGCGCCAGUGGCAUUCGGGCAGACGGCACAGGCGCCAGCCGCGGCGCCACCGACGAUGAUGCCGUUUGCAUACCAGCAGCAGCAGCAGCAGCAACGGCCGAUGCAGGCGCAGGCGCAGGCGUCGUACCAGCAGCCGGUAGUGCCGUACCCAGCCGCGGUCGCACCCGCCGUCACGCCGGGCUACCCGCAGCCGGUGCCGUACACGGUGCCUCGCCCCAUCAUGGCGACCCCGGGGCAGCCGGUGCAGGGGAUGCAGCCGCCCUUUCCGCGCCAAUUGCCGCCGCCGCAGCAGCCGCAGCAGCAGCAGCAGCAGCAGCAGCAGUACGUGUUCCAGCAGCACCAGCUACAGGCGCAACAGCAGCAGCAGCAAGCCGCAGCGGCGGGUGGCAGCGGCUUUGCCCCCGGCACUUUCAAAAUUAAUGCUGUGGCUGCGGCCUUUGCAGCCAGGCAGGCAGCAGCAGCGGCGGCGGCAGCAGCGGGGGGUGCAGGGGCGGCGGUUGCGGGCCCCUAUCCAAGUCGCAGCAUGCCACCGCACCCGCAGCAACACGUGCAGCACCGACACCAACACCACAACCGGCAAGCGCACUUCCCCUACCACCACAGUGCUCAACACCAACAGCAUCGCCACCAGCACGCUCAACGCCAGCACCACCAACAGCACCAGCACCAGCAGCACCCCUACACGGAGGAGGAGGACGACCACCUGUGUGUGGUGUGCAUGGAGGCGGCGCGCGCUGUGCUGCUGGAGCCGUGCGGCCACGUGGUGCUGUGCGGCGGCUGCCUGCAGCAGCUGAGGGACAGGGCGGCGGAGGCGGCGCCGGGCGGCGGCGGGGGCGCGGGCGCGGGCGGGGCCCGGGCGCAGUGCCCGAUGUGCCGUGCCGACAUCGAGGGGGCGCAUGCGAUGGAGUGACGGGGCGACCGGGGACUGUACGGAGAGAGCGGGUACCGGUACGUGUGAUUGUGACUGGCGGGGCGUGCUGUGCGGUGUGCCGGUGGUGGGGAAAGCUGGAGUACUGCGGGACAGCGGAGGGUUACGGGUCAUGGUCUACGCUGCCAUGACGGCUGACAGCUGAGGGGGGCGCGGGCUGACUCCCGGGUGUGUUCUGGUGGUCAUGACUCAUGAGCUGGGGGGCCGGGGCUGUUGCAAGGCGCGGGGUGGCCUUGUAGGGACACGGCGCAAGGUCCACAGCCUGGGUUGGGCUGCGAGUUCAGAGAUGUUUUGAGACGUUUGGUUCUUAAUUAUUUUCAUGCACGGGGCUUCGGCCAGGUGCACGAACAUGCAGGAGGGCAUCAUGGUGCAGCGGUGGGCAUCUGGCACCGGGUGCAGGGGGGGCGUAGAAAGCUCAGAAUGCUACCCCAUGCUCAAAUUUGUAGAGCUUCAAGUGAGGGUUUGGAGCAUUACGCACGUACUUUUAGUUUUGUCAGGACUUGGUCUGGUGAGGAAGUUCUCGGCCGCCAAAAUUGGGGGGUCGGUCGCCCCCCCAGGAGUCAGCCGGGUUUCGGGAGCACAUCCUGGCGGAUUUCGGGAAGCGCCCCUCAAACAGAACUAGGGGCCAAACGCAGCACACGAGGCUCAUAUGUUGACGUUGUGCCGUGAUAAGCCUGAACAAACCGUUGGAGGGCUAAGUUGCGCGUCCUGGGCUCCUGGCGUGGACAUGUCGGCACGUGUUUCCUGCGCACCCUGGACACCUGCGCACUAACACGGCUCGGCUCUCAAGCGCUGGUGCGAUGAAGUCACGUCUUACACGGCUGCCGGUGUACACUGUCCAUUCGUCACACGGCUGAGGGUUGAGCGAACCGGACCGCUGAUGGCAUAGCAUGAUAGCGUUCGUCAAGAGGAGUUGAUUGGCACCACUUCGGUAUAAAAUGGAGGGGUUUGGACGCCAUAACAGAAAGGUUUUUGUCCGUGGGGGGUUCGGUCGUCCCCUCCAGGGGGGCCCCCGGGGAUUUCGGGGCAUGGGGUUUGGCACUUUGUCUCCUACCCCCCCCCCCCCCUUUGCCUUGCCCCCUGCCGGGGGUAUGAGGGCAGGGCCUAAGAGGGCCAUGACGACGGGUGGGCCACGUGGAUGUAUUAUAGUUCUCGAUAGCGAUGAUGUGAAUGAAGUGUAUUUGUUGCUGGCAAGAGAAAAAUCGCUGAGCGCGGCAUGGAGUGCGCGAUGGCAAAAGUUCGACACAUAGGCGGGCCGGAUUGCGACAACGCAGUUAAGAAACCAUGGCGUGCAUACAGACACUAUUACAUUGGCUGUAAGCUGCAUUCGCAUUGACAUUACUGAGCGCGAAACGGACUAAUAGUACUAGAGACUGAGCGCUACGUCGCUACUGGUCUCCCGCUGGCGCGCGAAAGCGAAGGUGGAAGUCGGCAGCAGCAAAUAUCUCGGACUUGAUUGGACUAUCCUUGACACACAAGACGCUUGGGUGAGUCGCGGCGCUCGCUGCAGUAAAGACCGCGCAGAUGAAGAGCCUGUUGCGGUCCCAUCGAGCUGGCGUUCAGCUUUCCGUUGUAACUCUCCGCUCAG